CUCACAAGCAUCUCAUUCUCUUUCACUUUGAGUGAUAUUCACAACCUUCCUUACACAAUUCAUCUCCAUUCCAGCAUAUAACACAGGUGUUGUUCUGUUUUUCAUUUGCUAAUUACUUAGCCAGUCGAUAACAGAUAGCUGUAUUGAUCAAUGGAGAAGACAUUGAUCGAGAAGUCCAUGAAACUGAAGCAGAGGAGUGUUCAGAGGUUAAGCUGCUCUGUUCAGAACUAUGAUUGGGGGAAGAUUGGCCAUGACUCUGAGGUGGCCAGGCUCUAUGCCUCCAAUUCCGGCUCUGAAAUCGACCCGGAAAAGUCUUAUGCCGAGUUUUGGAUGGGAACUCAUGAUUCUGGACCCUCAUUCUUGAUUCAUCAGGAUUUCAAUGGCAUGCCCAUGUCCCUCAAGGAGUGGAUUUCGUCCAACUCAAAUGAGCUGCUUGGUCUCAAAGUCGCCCAAAAAUGGGGCUCUGGCCUCCCUUUCUUGUUCAAAGUGCUGUCUGUGAGGAAGGCAUUGUCAAUACAGGCUCAUCCGGAUAAGGAUUUGGCCAAAAUUCUGCACAAGUUUAUGCCGAGUGCUUACAAGGACGAUAAUCACAAGCCUGAGAUGGCUCUUGCUAUUACACAUUUUCAGGCUCUUUGUGGCUUUAUCAGUCUUGAGGAGCUUAAGGUUGUGCUUGAUAAUGUUCCUGAGAUUGUACAAGUGGUUGGUAGUGAAGUAGCAAACCAAGUGUUUGACACCACAAGUGAAGAUGGGGAAGAUAAAAUCAAGUUUGUUCUGCGUUUGAUCUUUACCCAACUCAUGUCAGCAACCAAAGAGAUUAUAACUACUGCAACAACUAAAUUGAAAAAUCGUUUAUACAUGGAAAACAUGGUGAGGCAGUUGACUGAAAAGGAGCAACUGGUGUUGGAACUGGAAAGGCAAUAUCAGGAUGAUGUUGGUGUGAUAUCUGCUUUCUUUCUCAACUAUGUCAAACUUAGUCCGGGAGAAGCACUAUACCUCGGAGCAAAUGAACCCCAUGCCUAUCUGUUUGGUGACUGCAUUGAGUGCAUGGCAACUUCAGAUAAUGUAGUCAGGGCCGGCCUUACUCCCAAGCAUCGGGAUGUGAAGACCCUUUGUUCCAUGCUCACUUACGAGCAGGGGUACCCUCAAAUCCUGAAAGGAGUUGCCUUAAAUUCUUAUGUGACGAGGUACCUCCCGCCUUUUGAUGAAUUUGAGGUUGAUCGCUGCCAUCUUCCCCAAGGAGAAUCAGUGGAAUUUCCUGCAGUCCAAGGUCCUUCCAUUUUCGUCGUCACCUUUGGGGAGGGAAUCAUAUAUACAAGCGAUUUUACAGGAGAUAUAAAUAUUACACAAGGAGAGGUACUUUUUAUGCCUGCAGAUACUGAGAUUGGCAUUACAAGUGCAUCUGAGCUGCACAUAUAUAGAGCAGGAGUGAACAGCAAGUUCUUUCAAGUCCCAUGACGGGAAUUGCAGAAUCCAGCGUCACAUAUUAGCAUGUUGGUAUGCAAACAAGUUGUUGAUCAAGCAUAUUUGAUAUAGAUCGAUAUGAUAUAUAUUAAAGCUCUUUCAUGUGUGUGUCUAUGCAACGUAUGUAGUUCCGGUUCUAUACGAAUGAGAUCAAUAUAAAGUUCUAAACUGGUGGCAAAGAAAAAGAGAUUUAAUGAAUAUAAAGGAUAGCCUUACAUUCAAACUCAAACUUCAUUACGAGCACUGCAUAGUGGAACAUUGUUUACACAUCAUGAAUUUCUGAUACAAGUUGAUCCCUGAAAGUGAACUUUUCAUGGAAAUGGAUACGAGUUUGCGAGAUCACCUGGCUGAGUUACAGAUUCGGUUUCUCCAGAAACCUCCUUUUGAACAAUAGUUGAACCCCCUUUCGAUCUUCUAUCUAAGCUUCGGACAGUGGUGAUUCAAGUGUAGAACAAAGGGCAAUGCCCUUUUGCAAGUUUAUUUCAGAUUAUGGUGACUGAACAAUACCGUAUACCCUAUGAUAUGUACACAUAGCCCAGUAGAAUAUUAUAAGUUUAAAACUGCAAGCUCUACCUUAACUUAUAGGUAUCAAAGAUGAAUCUGUAAAAGUUAAGGUAGAGCUCGUCAGUUUAAGUAUCCUACAGAAAUGUGUACAUAUCAUUGGGUAUAUGGUAUUGUUCUGUCAUCAUAAUCUGAAAGAACCCGUAACAGAUAUAUAGUCUGAACAGGUGAGCUGGUACAUAGACCAAUUCAUAUGAAAGUACUGACAACAUACUGAGAUUCAUUCAGAUGAACUG